UUUUUAAUUCAGUUUCGAUUUGUGUAGGAUGAAUGAUAAAUGAUCAUGCUGUUUUUCCAAAACGAAAGUGUUACUUUACAGUCAGACAAUACUGUUUUAGCAUAGCAAAACACUUCAAUACAAAUAAAGUAUAAAGCACUUACAUGUAGCCCUGAUGCUGUGUGUAUUUUGUGAUACGAUUUCUUCGAAGUCAUUAUCAUCUUGUUCGCAUGAGUAUUCAAGUUGAGUGUACUGAUUAAUACAACUACAACGAAUGAGAGAAUAACAUAAUGGCAGCAAAGAAUAAGAACACAACUCUAACUAAAGAACACAGAACCCAACUUUUACAAUGGAUUGGAAGGGCAACUGGAAAGUUUGAGUUGAUAUACAGUGCCAAGCGGGAUGGUGGACAAUUGAAUGCAGCAACCUUUCACCAGAAGUGCAAUGGAAGGAGCCCCACAGUUACCGUGGCUACAAAUAACGCUGGCUACAUAUUUGGAGGAUAUACAGCGAUGCCAUGGCAUCAGAAUGGAAACUAUUCAAAUGAUCCAGCCGCUUUUCUGUUCCGUUUGAAUGAAGCUAACGUAUACAGUCCGAAAAAAUCCAACUGUUGUACCACUGUCAAUGGCAUCCUUGGCAAUGGUCAAUACGGUCCGACAUUUGGCGGAGGGAAUGAUUGGUACCCCUUCAGUGGAACCAUUGGAUCAUCAGGCACAUACUGGCAGGGCAAUGGUGCAUUCAAGCUUGGCCAUUCAUAUGCCGGCUUAACUACUCAAGAGUUCAGCGGCAAUAACCAGUGUUACACUGACUUCGAAGUGUAUGAAAUCCUAGACGUUAAGAUAGAAGAAACACCAUGGCGAAAGGGUAUUUCAUGGCAGAAUAAAGACCGUGAUAUAUUGAUAAAGAGUAUCCAGCAUUACCGCCCUGUCGAGGAAAUGAAUCUGAGGCACGCAAACAUCCUAUUGAUUGGUCAGAUAGGGUCUGGCAAGUCCAGCUUCUACAAUACUCUACAAUCCAUCUUCAAGGGAUACGUCGUUAAUAAAGCCAUCAGUGGAAGUGGAGCACAUAGCAUCACAACAAAGUUCCGAAAAUACGACAUCAGGUCAGAGAACGGUCCACUGUCAAUAAAGCUGUGUGACACCAUGGGUUUAGAGGAGGAAGGAGGGCUGAAUGUUAUAGACUUUCCUUAUAUCCUUGAUGGGAACAUCCCAGAUAGAUUCCAGUUUAAUCCUGCUGCAAGGGUGACUCCUAGGGUGGGUGGUUUCAUAAAAGACCCAACACUCGCAACCAUGAUACACUGUGUAACUUUCGUGAUAGAUGUCAACACCGUCUCUAUGAUGUCGGAGAAGAUGAUGGCAAAGCUAAAGGCCAUCCAAGAACUGGUAAAUGAAAGAGGUAUACCAUUGUUAGUGCUGAUGACGAAGAUAGACCAGGUGUGUGGUGACGUAGAACAGGACACGUCUGUUGCUCUAAGAAGUACAAGUGUACACGACAUGGUGAAGCUUGUUAGCGAUAAAUUUGGCGUACCCAGCUCGAGUGUACUUCCAGUGCGUAAUUAUGAGAGUCAAAUAGAACUGGACGUCAGCGCGGACAUCCUUUCCUUGGUUGCAUUGCGUCAGAUCCUUCGUGCAGCAGACGGUUACUUUGAGGAGCAGGCGGACCUUCUAGCAGAGGAAAAUAUUUCUUGUAUGAAUAUUAAACCUGACAAAUAACUGGACUGAUAUAACCACUACAAGAGCAUUUGAGACAAUGAAAAAUUCUUGCGUAUAUGGACCAAAAAGUAAACGAUUCUCGUUAAGAAGCAGAUUCAUUGAACAAACAAUUAUACUUUUUAGUGGAAUUUGUUUUCCCAUUUUUUCUGUACUACCUAGGGCACAUUACUCCAAUAUAUAUAGCAAGAACUAUUAUUUAAACAAUAAAAUAGAAAAUAAACAUACGUUUAAUCGAAU